GCUGGGAACGGGGCUGGGAGGCGGCCAAGGCGCUGCGGGGCUCCGCGGGCCAUGCCCGCCCCGUGCCCUCCCUCAUGGCCGCCCCGUCUCCCCUCAGGCCGCCAUCGCUCUUCGGCUCCGCUGCAGGUCCUGCUCUUCCUCAACGGCUGGUACUGCGCCACAUAUUUUCUCCUGGAAGCGUUCGUGUUUGUGUACAAAGUGCUGCUCCUGCCCUAUCCCGUCUCCAACUUGGUGCUGGACAUAGUGCUGCUCCUCCUCUACCUCGGCAUUGAGGCCACACGCAUCUUCUUCGGCUCCAAGGGGAACCUGUGCCAGCGGAAGGUGCCGCUGUCCCUCAGCCUGGCACUUACAGUGCCGGCAGCUGUUCUGGCCGUGUACUACCUGCUGCUCCAGACAUAUUCCCUGCGCCUGGAAGCAUUCCUGAGUGCCAUCCUGCUCCUCUUCUAUGGCCUGGAGCUGCUCCUGGGCUUCCUGGCACUACUCUCCUUCUCCAGCACGGAUCCCUACUGAGGGCAGAAGCAUCACCUGUGCCAGCUCCACUUUCCAACCCUGGGAAGGGGGAUGAUCCCACCUUUCCCACCUGCUGCCACCUGGACAGAUCCCUCCCAUGUUUGUUGCUUCUACAUGGACAUAUCUCCCAUUUUUCCUGCUUCCCACUUCACCAGAGACCUGCUGCCACAGGGAUUCGUCCCUCCCUUUUCCCACUUCCCACUUCACUCACUACUCCCUGGACACAUCCCUCCCACCUUUCUCACUCUACACUCCACUUGGACUCCUCAGAGCCUGAGCCAGCUCAAGGUAUGAAGAAUCCUUUUUUUUUUUCCUAUGACUUUCCAGAAUAAUUCACUAUUUUCCAAUAAAUAUUUAUUUUUACCCAGA